ACGGCUGACUACGUAAUUAAAUAAUAUUCAUAGUUAGUCUUAGUUUUGUGCUUAUCAAUUAAAAUGGAGGACUCAAAAAAUUCAAACCCUCGUUUUUUAAAUCAUUAUAUUACAGAAGAGGACGUGAAAAUUAUUGUGAAAAAAUGUGACUAUUCAAACGAUGACGUCACUAUAAAAUAUUAUACUAUCGAAAAUGCCAGUAGCAAAAUGUUGGGAUUUCUUGCGGAUUAUUGGAGACUCAAAGUUAUCGUUUCAUCAGAUACAAUUGAAGAGAAUGUCUUAUGUUUUUUUAUUAAAGCAGUGUCGAAAACAAAUGCAGCUAAAGCAAACAUGGUUAAGGAAUUGAAUCUAUUCAAGAAAGAAACAUUUUUUUAUAGUAUUCUUAAGGAAAAAAUGGUUGUGCCCGGUUUGAAACCUUGGAGUGCUAAAUUUGUAACAUCAUUAGAAGAGGCAAUGGUUCUAGAAGACUUAGACGCUUUGCAUUAUAAGAGUUGCAAUAAAUUCCUACGGUUUGACACACCUCACACACUACGUGCUCUAGAGACGUUGGCCAGAUUUCACGCCGCUUCAAUUGUACUUGAAAAUAAAAAAAGUAAAGUACUUGGACGCCCUUAUAUUCUACAAAACGAAUUCGAUCAGUUUUUAGAUAAAGGUGGAUACAAAGAAAAUGAUAUAUGGUUUCAACAAUGCAUGACCGGUGCUCUAGAUGCUGUCAAAUCAUUCUCGAAAUACGCUACUGAGAAAUAUAUAGAGAAGAUUGAAAACACGUGGUCCAAUAUAUGGAUAUCUGCGUUAUCGUUAAGUAACUUUUCUACUAAAUAUAAAAAUGUUAUUUGUCACCGCGAUCUGUGGAAUAAUAACAUUAUGUUCCAUUACAAAAAAAUCGGUGAUUCUCUUUUUCCCGAUGACUGCGUGAUAGUAGACUUUCAAGCUGUAUGUUGCCAACCACUUGCUGGAGAUGUUAUGGUCCUUUUAUAUUGUAAUUUAGAUCCUACAUUCAGAGAAGAAAGUAUGCCCAUGUUUCUGAAUCACUAUUACAAAGAGCUUAAAAUAAUAUUAGAGACUUGUAACAUUUUUAUAGACAACAUUAUCACUGAAAGACAAUUCCUGGAAUCCGCUGAAGAGCAAAGGCUAUGGGGCCUUAUAGUUUGUGCUUGCUUGAUACCACAAUUCUGGAUAGAUGACGAUUUAACAACGGAAACAUUCACUGACGCAGAUCAAUUCAAAGAUAUAAUGUCGAAAGAUAAAGGUGCUUUUAUUAAAAGUAUAAUGGAAGUCAACACUGACUACAGGGAGAAAGUUCUAGAAAUAUUUGAUGAGAUAGUAAUAAAAUAUUGCCUUCCACAACUAGACUAACGAUUCAAAGUACGAUAUAUGUAAUGCUACUCUAUCAAGAUAAAUGUUAUUACGUGUAUGAUUACACUUAAUUCACAAACAUGAAGGACAGAAAAAAAUUGUGUUCUACAGUCUUCUAUGUUUUUAUAUUUUUAUUUUUUUUAUCAAUGUUUCUUUUCUUUUUGUCACACUUAAACCUCUUAUAGCUCCAAUCAGCGUUGGGCAAAAAUUUAUUGUCUUCGAGUUUCCUCGUGCCAUAUUUUUUAAACCAAUGGUCAUCCUUUCUUCGUUUGUACAUACUGCAGAAGGGUCUUAUUAACAAAAUGUACAAAAGUUCCACAAAGCUGAGAAUGCUAGCACCUAGGAAUAAACCGCCUGUUCCUCCAGUUGAUACUGAAAGAAAUGAAAUUAUAGCCUAUUUGCUCAAAUAUCCAUAAACCCAUAUCUUAUAAAUACAAACAAUAAUAUACGUGUAUAUAAGGGCUCCUCACUCUUAUUUUACUUUUUACUAUUUUUUAUUUUUUUACUAUUUAUCCCCAAAGCCAAAGAUCUGAAAUUUAUUUAUUAUAUCGGACAUCUGACUUUGAGACCUUGACCGUAUGUAAUUUCAAAGUAAGAAGCAAUAACAGAGAGACAGAUAUUGUGAAAUAUAUAAUACAAUACGUACCCACUAAAUCUAGCACUCCACGCACAACGUUCCUCUUGUACCUCUCGCUUGGCAACAUUGCAAGACCUACCUCAACAGUGGCAAAAUUCUCAGAUAUGCUUGUCUUGAAGUCUUUCACCGUGGUUAUUUCUGCUUCUGUGCACGAUGGUAAACAAUUACAGUAUAAACCGGAACGCAAUGACCAUUCAGCUUUUAGAACCUGGGAAUAAAAAUAAAAAUUGCAGAAGAAUCCUAUUUUAGUCAGCUUGCAU